CACCUCUCAAAUCUCACACAAAACAAUUCUCUCCUUUUUCAUCUUUUGGUUCUGUUCCACGUCUUCGCCAUUCGCUGAUCACCAAAAAAUAGCGAUACAAGCAACACCUUCUGCUCCUCCUCAAAGCUGCUCGCUCUCUCUGAGAUUUGAGAUGGGUUUAUUGUGUUUUGUUCUGUUUUGGUUUGAAGGUAUUGGCAAUUGAAAACCAAUCCAGAUUCGAAAAAUUGGGUCUUGUUUUUUAAAUCUCUGACCAAAUUACAAUCUGGUUAUUCAAUUUUACUACUUUUUCUCAAUUGGGUUUUCAACAAAAUUUGAUUUUGAUCUUGUUUCUUCUUUUGAUUUGGUGACCCAUCUCAAACAAUCUCUCAAUCCCCUGUUUUUCAGAACCAUCAGGGUGGUUUUUUUCAUUUAAAUUUCCAGAGAGCGAGCGGCUUUGUUUGUUGAAUUUGGUGGUUUUGUAUCAAAUGGCAGCACGAAGGAACAGUGUCAAAUCAAAAAAAGCUAUUGAAGAAUCACAAAAAUUGGCCCAGAUGGAAUGGGAAAGAGACCAACUGAAGAACCUCGAGAGCCAUCAAUGGAAGUCAGUUUUUGAUCAAGCUUCCAUGUCAUCUAGGCCUCUCAAGAAGAUCAAAAGUCCUGAUCGCGAAAACCAGUCUCAACCCUCUGUUUCUUUACCUCAACAAAACCCACCUUCUCUCUCUCUUCCCUCCUCUGUUCCUUACAGUUGUACCACAUCGAUACCUUUCCCUCCUACCUCUUCAAGGCAUGUUUUUCCUUUCGCCUUUGACGGGUCUGAACAAUCCAUGGAAAAUUCACACCAAUUCAGAACAAAUCCCCAGACUCUGUUCCAUCCACCAACACAAAAUCGUCAAAAUAUGAUUUCUUUUGCUCCCCAACAACAGGGCAUAGGCUUUCCACCGUACUUCGCCGGAGACUCGGCAUCAUUGCAGCAACAAAUGCUUCAGUAUUGGAGUGAUUCAUUGAAUUUGAGUCCAAGAGGACAGAUGAUGAUGAUGAACAGGUUGGGACAGGGCAGUGGGGGCUUGUUUAGGCCUCCCAUUGCUGCAACAAGGCUCUACCGGGGAGUGAGGCAGAGACAUUGGGGCAAAUGGGUAGCCGAGAUUCGUCUCCCUCGAAACAGGACUCGCCUCUGGCUAGGCACCUUCGACACUGCCGAGGAAGCCGCCUUAGCCUACGAUCGCGAGGCCUUUAAGUUGAGGGGAGAGAAUGCUCGGCUCAAUUUCCCCGAACUCUUCCUCAAUAAAGACGGUGCAGCAUCGACAGCACCGCCUAGUUCUUCGUCCUCAGCAUCUGAAAAUUUGGUAUCUAAGAAGGGCUCCAAGAAGGCACAGAAAGCUAAAGAAGGCCUUAAUUUGCAGGGUACACCUAAAGAAGAGAAUCAUGAUGAUGAUUCGGGAUUGGGAUCGACAGUGAGCGAUGAAGUUCAGGGAGUAGGAGUGGGGAUGAGUGCAGGGGAAGGGGGUUCAUCGGUGACAUCUGAAUUGGUUUGGGGUGAAAUGGGAGAGGAUUGGUUCAAUUUGAUACCAGCUGGUUGGGGUCCAGGUAGUCCAGUUUGGGAUCAUUUGGACACCUCCAAUAAUAUGAUAUUGCCUUCAAAUCUUCAUUUUCCAAAUGCAAAUCAUCACCAGGAAUUGAGUGACUAUGAUACCCAGCAAAGUAACAUGGCAUCGGGAUCAUCUUCGUCCUUUUGUCCUAUGAAUUCCUUUUUCUGGAACGAUCAGGACUGAAUCUUCACAUACAAAACCUGCCUCUUUGUCUUUGCACACACACACACAUGCACAUUCUCUCUCUCUCUCUCUCUCUCUCUCUGAAUUGGAGAAAAGUUUUUAGACAAUCUCCACAGAUUUCUUCGCCGGGUUGCAAAAUUUUUCGGAGAAACAGCCUGUGAUUGCACCACUUCUCAAUUUUUUCCUUUUUGGUUGAUCCCCACCUUUCAUUCCUCAGUUUCCCUCUCACUGAUUGCAGAUUUUUGUGUGUGGAAGAGACAACCUGUGAUUUUUCUAUUGUUGCUUCUUUUGCUAUACGACUAUUCUUCAGUCCUACUCAGCCUUUUGACUUCAAUUUCAAUCCCAUCUGCUGCAUAUAUAUAGGCUGCAUAUUUUAGGCCUUUUGACAGUAGCAGUUCGUUACAUGCAUUAGAGGCCAUGCCUCUAUGGUCUCUUUAGUGGUAGUAGUAAUGUUAUCUUUAGGUAGUAUCAAGUAUGCUGUUGCACUAGCUAGUGUGUUUUUAGUUGUGUUUGGCUGUUGAUGUUCAGCUUGGAAGGAGACAGUUUUGUGAUCUCCUCCAUUGUUUCCAUCCACCGCAAGCUCUAUUUUUUCGGCUUUGAGGAUGGGAACAGAACAGUUUGUGGCUUUUGUACAUUGUGAGAUAUAUGUUAUCAUAUCAAUGUCGUGUUUUAUGUUUCCUUUUUUAUAAACUAAAACCAUUAUGCAUAAUUCUUGUGA